AGGUGGGUCUUUAUCAUCUUUAGCAUGAAGUAUAGUUGUGGUACGAAAAAACAAACAUGGCAGUUCGGAUUAGGAUAACUCCAUGUUGCUACACUAUUGUUGACUUUCACUGCCUGGUGCAACAGUCACUUAAGAAAAGCUGGCACAGGCAUCGACAACAUCGAAGAAGAUUUCCGCAAUGGCCUGAAACUGAUGCUGUUGCUAGAGGUAAUAUCGGGUGAGACUCUACCAAAGCCAGACAGAGGCAAGAUGAGGUUUCACAAGAUAGCCAACGUUAACAAAGCUCUAGACUUCAUCGCCAGCAAGGGGGUCAAGCUCGUAUCUAUCGGCGCAGAAGAAAUCGUAGAUGGAAAUUUAAAAAUGACACUUGGUAUGAUUUGGACCAUUAUUUUAAGAUUCGCCAUUCAAGACAUUUCUGUAGAAGAAAUGACGGCCAAAGAAGGUCUACUGCUUUGGUGUCAACGUAAAACAGCCCCCUACAAGAACGUAAACGUACAGAACUUCCACCUGUCCUUCAAAGAUGGUUUGGCUUUCUGCGCCCUCAUUCACAGACACAGGCCAGACCUCAUCGACUAUAACAAACUCUCCAAAGACAACCCGCUGGAGAACCUCAAUACUGCCUUUGAUGUUGCUGAGAAAUACCUCGACAUUCCGAGGAUGUUAGAUCCGGACGAUUUAAUCAACACUCCCAAGCCUGAUGAGCGUGCCAUCAUGACGUACGUGUCAUGCUACUAUCACGCCUUCCAGGGUGCUCAGCAGGUACAAGAGAACACAGCAAUGCCAGACGAAAGAGCAGUCAUGACAUAUGUGUCCUCCUACUACCAUCGGUUCUCUGGUGCACAGAAGGCUGAAACAGCAGCAAACAGAAUCUGCAAAGUACUCAAAGUUAACCAAGAAAAUGAAAGGUUAAUGGAAGAAUAUGAACGUCUAGCUAGCGAUCUUCUGGAAUGGAUCCGUCGCACGAUGCCAUGGUUGGCAUCUCGUCAAACCGACAAUUCAUUAGCAGGCGUCCAAAAGAAGUUGGAAGAGUACCGCACGUACCGCAGAAAGCACAAGCCCCCACGCGUCGAACAGAAGGCCAAAUUGGAGACCAAUUUCAACACCUUGCAAACCAAACUUAGGCUGUCCAACAGGCCCGCUUACAUGCCCACCGAAGGAAAGAUGGUUUCGGAUAUUGCGAAUGCAUGGAAAGGCCUGGAACAUGCAGAAAAGGCGUUCGAAGAAUGGCUUCUCUCAGAAAUGAUGCGUCUGGAACGUUUGGAGCAUCUGGCUCAGAAAUUCAAGCACAAAGCGGACGCUCACGAAGAAUGGACCAGAGGCAAAGAGGAGAUGCUCCAAAGCCAGGACUUCAGGCAGUGCCGUUUGAACGAACUGAAGGCUUUGAAGAAGAAGCACGAAGCGUUCGAAUCGGAUUUGGCCGCCCACCAGGACAGAGUCGAGCAGAUCGCCGCCAUUGCGCAAGAAUUGAACACUCUAGAGUACCACGAUAGCGCGACCGUGAACGCACGCUGCCAGCGCAUCUGCGAUCAAUGGGACCCGCCUGGGUGCUCUGACCCAGCGAAGGGAGACAGGCAUUGGACGAAGCGAGCGCAUCAUGGAGAAGAUCGACAUCCUCCAUCUGGAGUUCGCCAAACGGGCAGCUCCAUUCAACAACUGGUUGGACGGAACCAGGGAGGACCUGGUGGACAUCUUCAUCGUACAUACCGUCGAGGAGAUACAGGGCUGAUCGACGCACACAAUCAUUUCAAGGCAACAUUAGGAGAAGCAGACAAAGAAUACCAAAGCAUUGUAGGACUGGUUAGAGAAGUUGAAGCCAUCGUUAAGCAGCACCAAGUACCUGGAGGUUUGGAAAACCCCUACACAACUUUGACAGCUCACGAUUUGACAAGGAAAUGGGGAGAAGUUAGAACUCUCGUUCCCCAGAGAGAUGCUACUCUACAGGCCGAACUUAGAAAGCAACAGAAUAACGAAACUCUUAGACGUCAAUUUGCUGAGAAAGCUAAUGCUGUGGGGCCAUGGAUUGAACGUCAACUGGAUGCUGUUACUGCUAUUGGAAUGGGAGUUCAUGGAACACUGGAAGACCAACUGCACAGACUUAAAGAAUACGAACAAGGAGUUUAUGCUUACAAGCCACACAUUGAAGAACUGGAAAGGGUGCACCAGGCUGUACAGGAAAGCAUGAUAUUCGAAAACAGGUAA